AUGACUAUUGAAACGUAUCAAUUUGGCGCCUUCAAGUCGCAGAGGACGGAUGUUCUUAUUGUUGGCGCUGGUCCCGCUGGAUGCAUGGCCGCGGCAACGUUGCAAAGAUACGGCAUCGAUUUUUGCCUGAUUGACAAAAGGGCCACGAGAACACAAACUGGGCAUGCAAGUGCAUUCCAACCUCGAACCCAAGAGAUCCUGCAGACGAUGAAUCUACUUCAUGAUCUUGACAAGAGAGGGCAUCGUCUUACCGAAACUUCUUUUUGGAUGCGUGAUAGCACGGGCGCCCUAGUCAGUAACUUCACCGGCGCUGAGGUGGUCCAUGCCACGCCUUACCAGUACCUUUUCAAUACCGACCAAGGCAUGACGGAAGAUGUCUUUGAACAGUACUUGAACACCAAGGGGCAGAAGGUUCAGCGAUUCAUGGAACUUAUUCAUUAUGAACACAGCUCAGAACCCGAAUGGCCACUCACAGCGUACAUCAAGAAUAAUGCUAGCGGGGCCAUUGAAGCAUGGCAGACGAAGUACAUCUUAGGUACCGAUGGCGCGCGUAGCGCUACACGCCGAGCUACCGGUGUGCAAUCAUCCUCGCAGGGCGGCGAGGACGUUUGGGCUGUCGCGGACGUUUAUGUUGAUACGAACUUUCCCGAUUACAGAAGACGUUGUGCCAUCCGAACUCCAGAUGGUGGCUGCAUGUUGAUCCCUCGCAAGGAUGAGGGACUCCGGAUUUUCCUGCAGGUGGAUGAGAAAAGUCAGGAGCAUCUCAACGCAAACGGAGCUUCGGCGGAAGAUGCCCUUACAGGAAAUAGCGCUUUUAAACUCACCCAGACCGUCCAGUCCCACAUCAGCAAGGUCAUUCAUCCUUACAAGAUGAAUAUCACAGACAUCGUUUGGAUUAGCCAGUAUCGUGUGGCCCAGCGGGUUGUUCAUAACUUCAGUGAUACGACCAAGCGAGUUUUCCUCCUUGGAGACGCAUGUCACACACAUAGUCCUAAAGCGGGACAAGGAAUGAACGUCAGCAUUUCAGACGCAUACAACCUCACAUGGAAGCUGGCACUGGUUAUGAAAGGUGUUGCAAAGGCAUCUUUGCUCGAAACGUACGAACAAGAAAGACUUUGGGUUGCCCAACAGCUUAUUGAAUUCGACGCCUUGUUUGCCCGUCAAUUUGGACAAAAGGAUAAACUCGACAGUCAGAACCUCCGCGAGACAUGGGAAAUGGGACAUGGCUUCACAAGCGGGUGUGGGUAUGAGUACCCUCCUAACCUACUUGUUAACCGCGAUGUCCGGACUUCAAUCAACAACCAAGUAGUGGAACCCCUCACGCCGGGCAAGCGUCUUUUACCUAUCGAUCUGAUUCGACACAUCGACGGCAAUCAUGUUCGCAUGCUCGACAUCAUGCCAUCCAUCGGCAGGUUUCAUCUCUUCAUUUUUGCCGGCAAUGACCUAUCUUCGUCUACCCUCCAGAAUCUCGGAAAUGCUUUGGACUCACCUCAUUCACCAAUGAGUCUCUUCAAUCUUCUGCCACUGGAACUUAUGCAACGUUUCCGUCAUGAGGACAUCACAACGGACUCAGUUCCAUUCACCAACAAGGCAUAUGUGCUUGAUCUUUUUCUGAUUCACUCACAGAACCACCUUGAUAUUCAACUGGGAGAUAUCCCUGCUCCAUUUUCCUCUAAUUGGCCCAUGAACAUAUAUUCUGACUUUUCAGGAGCUGCAAAAACCCAGCUCGGUGUCUCUGACGACUCCGGUGCUUUGGUGGUGGUGAGACCAGAUGGCUAUAUUGGACUUGUCACUGGCUUGGACAAUGUUGAGGAUGUGACGUCUUAUUUCGAUGGCUUCAUGCACCGGCGCAUUUAG